AUUCGUUGCAACUUGAUGAACUGUCAAAGUAUUCGCGGAGCAUUUGUUUUCUACCUUUACUAUAUGUGUCUUUUUUUGUUAUUCCGCUGGUGUAUUUUGAUUGUUCUUUUGUCAAAGUAAAGAGAAAAAUAUUGGCACCUCGGAUGAAAAAACCGAGAAAUUGGUGCUCAUCUGUUGGGGUUCUGAAACGACUGAAAAACCUCUGGACAAUAUCUUUUUUUGGAAUCGUAAAUGUGCGAUUGUGAACGCUCCGAGGUAGAUUUGUGCGAGAAACAAAUAUCCGAAUUAAAUUGAGAAAAAACAGUCUUAGAAAUUAUGUCUUUCCAUCGACGAUGCGGCAGUCGGAUACAUUUAUCGAAUUCAAAUCGCACAGCACGACGAAACAUUAACGAUUUCAAUCAUGGUCUGGUCUUGAGUGCCGAACCAAUGGUGGAUGGUGUGUGGUUUCAAGUGCAAAUUGAUGAAAAGACACAAGCAUGGAACGGUACCAUGGAAAUAGGUGUAACCUGUGUGAAUCCUGAAACGACUGAUUUUCCAUCAUGCGCACAGAAACUAUCCAACGGAACUUGGAUAUGGUCUGGUGCAGAUAUUUUAAAGGAUGGCCAAUGUAUUUUGGAAUGCUACGGCGGCAGUUUGGAUGUGCUGAAUGAAGGCGAUCGUGUCGGUAUAAUGCGAACGGCUCAAGGUGAAUUGGUAUUUGCGGUGAAUGGUGAAUCAAAAGGAAUUGCAGCCGUUGGAAUUGCGAAACCAGUUUGGGCUGUCGUUAGUUUAUAUGGGAAAUGUACACAGGUGUCGAUUAGUUCCGAUGAACAGAGCACAAGUUGUUCAACAGCUGCUGCCGCAGCUGUGGCAGUAGCAAUGGCAUCAGCGAACUAUGACAUCGAGAAUUUCAUACCAAAUUUUCAUGAGACAAUUUCCACAACGAGCACCAGCACAUUGAGUAGUUUGAUCGGCGAACGGCGAACAACCGAUGACUUUAUGUUGAGCGGUCGUACCAGUGCCACACUUCUCGACAAUGAUCGACUGCAUUUCCACAUUCGAUGUGGGUCACUGGUUCAUUUAAGUGCAAAUAAUCGAACGGCCGAGCGAAGACGACCACUGGAUGAGUUCAAUAAUGGCGUUGUGAUGACUCAUCGCCCGUUGCGAGACAAUGAGCUCUUCGAAAUUCGCAUCGAUCGAUUGGUUGAUAAGUGGUCGGGUUCAAUUGAGGUCGGUGUGACCACUCAUAAUCCGAACGCAUUACAUUUUCCAGCAACAAUGACGAAUAUGCGCAGCGGAACGAUAAUGAUGUCAGGCUGUGGUAUCCUAACGAAUGGAAAGGGAACACGACGUGAAUACGGUGAAUUCAAUUUGGAUGAGCUGAGAGAAGGUGACCGCGUUGGAAUGAUGAGAAAAUCUAAUGGAAACUUGCACUAUUAUAUCAACGGACAGGAUCAAGGUGUGGCUGCGAAACAAGUGGCGCAAACAUUGUGGGGUGUUAUUGAUUUGUACGGUAUGACAAUUAAAGUGACUAUAGUCGAUAGAGAUGAACGUGAACAGCAGAAUUUAGUCACACGACGUAAUAAUAUUAUGUCGAUGCAGACAUGCGUUGAAGAUCUGCCAAUAUAUAGUCCAGAAGCCGAUUCAGUUCAGAAUAGUGAGCGUUUAACAUUUCACCCGGUUUGUGGAUCGCAUGCUACGGUUACACAAAGCGGUCGUACGGCGUUGAGACCAAGUGCAUCGGAUGAUUUCAACAAUGGUGUUGUGCUAACAAGAAGACCGCUGCGAUCGAAUGAAUUGUUUCAAGUUCGUCUCGAACGUGUGGUUUCCAAAUGGGCGGGAUCCAUUGAAAUUGGCAUAACAACACACAAUCCGACGGAGCUGGAUUUUCCGUUCACAAUGACGAACGUUCGGACCGGCACAUGGAUGAUGACAGGAAAUGGUGUGAUGCACAAUGGAAUCACGGUUGUUGAACAAUAUGGCCAUAGUUUGGAUCGUCUGCAAGCUGGCGAUAGAGUGGGUGUCAUGCGAAAAGAUGACGGAACUCUUCAUUUUUGGGUGAAUGGAGUGGAUCAAGGGCCUGCUGCAACCAAUGUACCCGAAAAAGUGUAUGGAGUUGUCGAUUUGUAUGGCCAAGCCGCACAAGCAAGUAUAGUUGAUGAUAUCGUAGAAACGAUUAUAAGUCCUGAAGCAGGCAACUCUACAUUUUCAAAUACCACACUAAACGGUGGCAUGUGCAAUGAACAAAAGCUACGGUUCCAUGUGUGCCAUGGACCGAAUGCACGAAUUUCAAAUGGUGGUUUAACCGCUAGUCGGCCAAAGGCUCUGGCCGAAUUCAACGGUUCGAUUGUGUUCAGUAAUCGACCACUGCGACAACGUGAAUUAUUCGAAGUUAUUCUUGAAACAAUGAUCGAUCACUGGAAUGGAAGUGUAGAGAUCGGAGUGACCGGCAUUCGACCCGAUGAGAUAUCGUUCAGCAGUGCCACUGAUUUAGAGCAAGACACAAUCAUGGUAUCGGGACAAACACUAAUCCAUAACGGACGAACUGUUCGAAACGAUAUGCCUUUUAAUCUCGAUAAUUUGACCUCCGGUUCAAAAGUCGGUAUAAUGCGCAACGGUGAUGCCAUUCAUUUUUUCGUGAACGGAAUCGAUCAAGAACAUGCAUACGAUUGCCACAUUCAGAAUAUGUACGCGGUUAUUGAUUUGUAUGGGCAGUGUGCUCAAGUUAGCAUCGUCGGUUCCAUGCAUUCUAGUACUCGGGCACCGUAUGCAAUCAGCGAGAAUUCACAAAGUGUUCAGGCGGCUUCAGUCAUUGCGCCGCUCACCGAAGUUAAGCACAGAUGGUCUUGUAUAUCGGGAAGCGUGAGUUUGUUUCAAAAUUGGACGCUGGCCAGUCGCUGCACAAGUAAUCAACCGGCUUUGACACGAUGUCUCGUUUUUUCUGAGCAUUUUCUGGUGGUUGGUGAACCGUUCGAAAUCAAAAUCACCGAGUACAAUUCAAUGCUGGCCGGUUGCUUGAAAAUUGGCGUCACCGAUCUCAAUUUAUCCGAUGAACACGUUCGCAAAAAUCUUCCGGUUUCAAUGAAACGCAUCCCAUCGAAUGUGUGGUAUGUGAGUGGCAACGAAAUUCGAUACAAUACGAUGCUAUUGAAACGAUCAAUGGCAUCGUUGGAGUGGUUACGAAUCGGCGAUCGAAUCACACUCGAGUUGACAUCGGCCCGAACGUUGCGAGUGCUGUUGAAUUCGGAGGAUAUGAACAUUUCAUUUUCAAAUGUCGCUCCCGAUGUGUAUGCCGUUGUCGAGCUACAGGGCCCCGUGAUGGCAAUUCAAAUAAUCUCGAUGCAAGUUCCAAUGUCACCGCUUCGACCAUGCAGUCUACGGCUGCAGGAUUCGUUGGACUUAGGUUUAGAUCCAUUGAAAAAUCAAGAUUCAAUGCUCGAGUCCAUUGAUUCAGAGACACCAUUCUUCGAAUUCUCCGACAUUCACGGUCGAAAUAUUCAACUACUUGAUGAUCGUCGUGUUGCACAACGUAUCCAAUCAUAUAAUCAAGCGAUUGUGUGCAUUGCAAAGCCAUUAUGCAAAGGCCAUAGCAUAAAUAUUAAAAUUGAAGAAAUCAAUUCCAAAUGGAAAGGUACAAUUAUCUUGGGUGCGGUGAGCAGUUAUUUGAAUAGCAUGCAUUUACCAUCGUCGGCUAUUUUACUGCGUAGACCGUGUUGGAUCAUAACACAUGAUUACAUCAAUUUUAAUGGCAGUAAAAUACAAUCAAAAGUGGGCGAAGCGCUCCUACGAAUUCAAAAAGACACAAUCAUCACAUUAACCCUGACACAUUCGGGAUCUUUAACCCUGACCAUUGUCAAUAAUUUGGCCGAAAGAAAACCAAGCAGCACCACCACAACCACAUACAGUUCAAUGCAACCGGCAACGGAGAAAUUUGUCGAAGAGAUUGCAUCUGGUCUUCCACAACAUGUGUAUCCAAUUUUUGAUUUGUACGGUAAAUGUGAACGCAUCUCAUUGAUUUGCCCGGACAUUCGAAAUGGCAGUCCAAUCAAUGAGGAAGUAUUCACAUCGAUGGUAAAUAACGAAACCGAUCGAAAUAGUAUGCCGCAGCUCGAAAAAGCCGAUCUCGAAGUACAUGAAAAAGAAACGGAUGGUUUGCAGCCACCGUCGCUUGAUAGUGGUGCUGGUGAAGGUGGCACAAAUCGAUCUAAUGCCAAUGGUACAAUGAGUCGUUCCGUUGCUGAUAGUGUGUCUGAGAAUCUUUUGCACAAUUUAUCGAUCAAAAAUAAAACGGUCGAUACUAGAAACGAACAAGGCGAAUCCAGUUCCUGCUUUUUGCGUGACUCAUUACAAUUGCAACAUUCAACCAAUUUGAAUAUUCAACGAAGUCAGAGCACCAAUCGUUUUGCGGGCACAUCAAAUGCAAACAUUGUAAGCGACGACAUUCAUUUGGCCAGUGAAAAUGCUCCUCCAAUAUAUGAUGAUAAUAUUGCUACGGCAUCGGCAUCAGCAUCAGCAUCAGCAUCAGCCUCUGCUAGCGAUUCAAACUACAUAGAAAAUUCCAAUUUUUAUGAUCAUGAUGCCAAUUGGUGUCCAUCGAAUUCGAAUCGACAGCCACAUUCCGCACAGUCAACAUCGUACAAAGAUCCAAACCAAGUGGCCAUAUCGAAUGACAAUGAAUCGAUUCAAAGUUGCAGUGCAGACAAUCACAAUUCGCUGGUCGGUAGUUUGUUGGUGAAUCCAAAUUCAAUGGAAAAUGAGCGUCUGCAACAUGACUAUAAUAUAAGUCAAAUGUUCUCGUCAAAUGUGAUGAUCAACGAUCCGAAUAGACAGAGUAGAGAGAGUAAUAAUACGGUGAGUGACGCUGAACGUGGAGCCGAAAUGCAACCGAGAAGCAUUACCUCUGAAUAUGAAUCGAUCCCGAGUCUCGAGAAUAAGGACUGUGAAUAUUUAAAAUUGGUGAUGGCAUUCAAGCGAACGCUUGUUUUGCCCGAUGUAUUUUUCUCCUAUGACAUGGCUGUAUGUUAUUGUGCAGCAUGUCUAUCCAGCGGUCGAAACUUAAUAGAAGGAUGGGUACGAUUUAAACUGAGCCAUAUGGUCACGAAUGCCAGUUCGUCUGCUUCAUCCGAUUCGGUCGAUUGUAGUGGCAGCGAUUGGACAACCGCAUACUACAUGAGUCGUGUGGAUAAAAUACGAGCGAUUUUAGAUCACGGUCAACCACUUCCAAUCGAACAAUGUGAGUAUGUGAAUGGUAAUCAAAAAGAUGACUCGGGCCCUGGAACGUUGCUUUUGCUAUUUUCAACGCCGAAUACACAGCAACACACCCCAUCGACAUUUGUGCAUCGCACUGGAACAUCAUCGUAUCGAAUUGAGACAGCGUUCGAAGUUCGUGUUCGCACUCAAGCGAUUUGUGUGGCCGACACGAAUGACAACGAACCCGUUGCAUCAAAUGGCCAACCCGUUUGGACGACCAAAGAAGCGGGCGCAUGUGUUUUAUCCGCUCUUUUACUCAAAUUAACACCAGAAACGGUUGGCACAUCGAAAACCACUACAUAGGAAUAAAAAAAAAACGUUCCUAGCUAAAAUUGUUCUGUUGACUGAGUUCAACAAGGGAGAAAGCUCAAUCAUGAUGCAUUCAUGAUGCAUUACUUCGAAAGAUUGACAAGAAAUCAGCCUGAAAGGACACACUCUCUGCUUCUCUCAUCUAGACUUCUGCUGAACUACACACUUUCUUCUUUCGAAAAAAUAUUCUCUCUCUCACUCUCUCUCUUUCUCGACUUCAGCAAUGAAUUUGCACAGAAAACAAUCAAAUAACUUGAAAUUGCGCUAAAUCAACAUGCAAAUCUCUUGAGCCGAUCAUAUUUUAUUCAUGUAUUUAAAUGUCUUCAAACUUUGAAACCAUGCCAAAGAAGAUGCAAAGCAACAACAAUAUCAAGAAAAAACUAUUGUGUAAGUUUUUAACAUUUCAAGAUAGCGUUGAAAAAUGAACACGUUCAGACGAGAAUACCAUAUCUCGUUUGUUAAUGGUGGAUAGUCUCUAUAGUGUAUCAAUCACACGCGGAAAUAACCAUUUUCAUUUGGAAUGUCAUUUAAAAUCAAAAUAAGACUUAUUAAAUUCGCGAAUAAAAGCUGAUUCAAAAAAAUGCCUUAAAAUAUCCUAUAUAUAUAAUAUAUGAAUAUAGAAUAGAGAAAAUUCGUCUCGCGAAAAAAAGAACUUUGAAAUGCUUUAUUCUUUUUAUUUGUAUGAAAGAACAAAACACGUGACAUUGCUUAAAUUUGCCAAAGAACCAAAUCAUAAAUGAAUAAUUCACAUCAUUAUGAAAUAGUAAAUAUCAUUGAAAUUGCCGCAUGAUAUCAAUACAUGGGAAAGUGUUGUAAAACAACACAUCAUUUUCUUGGUUUCUUAAUACCAAGUUUGAAGCAAGAAUAGAACCAUACAUUCACCUCAUCAUAAAUUCAUCAUUUGAUAUAUUUACUUUUAUUCAUGAUAUCGCGCCGCAUUUCCAGGUAAAUAAGAAAUUAUUUCAAAACAAAUACACACGCGCCCUCGUUCAAAGAAUAACCAAAAAAAAAAACGGAAACAAUAACUCGUUUUUAUCCCAAUCACGUGCAAUUUUUGUUUGAAACAAAACAAAUAUAUAUAUAUAAAUUGAUAUAUAGAUAAAUUCUUAUUUUCGCUCAUUGACAAAUAAAACGAACUAAAAAUCAAGCUUAUAA